AGCACCACCAAGGGACGAUGUGUAGGGACCUUGAUCCACGAACGGUAUGUCCUUAGUGCAGCACACUGUGUCCACAACUUGAAGUUGGAAAAUAUCAAACUGUACUUCGGACUGUUCUUGAUCAGCACGCUGGCUCAGUGUCUAGCUGAUCGUGUCUGCCAGGAACGGCGGGCAGCAGAACUGAUCGUCCAUCAGGAUUACAACUCUCAUGCCCGACUGAAUGAUAUUGCACUCAUCAGGGUAAGCGAAGCCGUACAAUUUACAGAUGAUGUCAGACCCGCCUGUCUACCAUUUAACUAUCUGUUCGAUGAGGGCUUGGCUAGUACACGAGUGCUUUCGCUCGGGUGGGGUGAAUACCAACAAGGUACAAUGAGCGAUUCAAAACGCAUCGUGCAGCUGGAAAUAAUCAAAGAGGACGAAUGUGGUGAGCAGCUUAAGAAGUGGCAACGAUUUAACAUCUCUAUGAUCUCAAGCGUCAUGUGUACGGUCGGUGUGCUGUCUGGGCAAGACGUUUGCGAAGGUGAUUCAGGAGCACCGAUAGUACAGAUCCGGGACGACCGCUACUUUGUGAUCGGUGUGGUCAGCUUCGGUCCCAAAUGUGGUAUGGGCACGGGUACAGCCGGUAUGUCGACGCGCGUGUCAGAAUACAAAAAUUGGAUUCUUACCAACAUGAAUCGUCACCUGAUUUAAGAAGGGCUGGAGUGUGCGUGGUGCGCAUGGUUUGACUUGACCAGUAUGAGUUUAUGCAGUAGACAGCGUGUGCCUGUAUGGGUGAAUUGUCUAUUUGUAAAUAAAAACAUUCCCGAUCCUGCAAUGUGGUCUUGGUUCUUCGCGAUUGUGGUAGUUUCAGCAAGCAUCAGUUGCAAAUCUGAGCGCUUCUCGGCUGUCUGCUGCUCCAGAUAAGCGUCCAGUUCGCGAUUAAAGGCACGGCAGAUCGGAAGCAUUGUCGUCGUAGUCCCUUGGUAGUCGUUCCUUGAUCGCUGGAGUGACCGUGAACUGUGUAGUAUGGAGGGAGGUGCUUUCUAGCUCUCCAAAAACGUCACAAAUGGUACACACAGUCAAGUUUUGGUGGCUGGUGAUGUUUCUAGCUAAAGCUGUGCUUGCACAGCGACGAAUAAAUCAGGCGUGCAUCCUAACGAAUGGAAGAUCUGGACAAUGCAUCCGUAUUGGCGAGUGUUUCAAGAUAGCGGAGCUGACGACCCGAAAUGUGCUAUAUUCGUGGGAAAUGCAGCAGAUAAGGGCGGUGUUGCGUGCCUGCGAAAGUGAUGAGAGCUCAUCCGACCCAAUUGUUUGUUGUGAAUCAGCGCAGUCGACACCCACCAGACGUAGAUUAAAUAAAGCAGUAGCAUCAACUGCUGCUACUUCAACAACUACAACAACAACAACUACUACUUCUACAACCACUACUAGUACUACAAUGGUUUCUUAUCCAUCUACCUCAACAACCACAGGACGACGAGUUACCCUGCAUCGAGACACAACGACGAUAAGCCCGACGUAUGCUGCAGGAUCCACAUCUUCUAUUAUGCCUGAUACUAUGCCUAAUUCUACGCCUGCUAAGUUUGCAAUUAGAGGAAUAUUUACCAUGAAAACAUCCAGCACCACAAUCCGUUCGGAUCACUUUAAGGCUGUGCUUCCGGCACAUUGUGGUGAGUUUGCGCCCUUGGCACUCGUCUAUUCCGAAGUGGAAGAUGAUGAGAACGUCCACGUGUGGGCCGUUUACUUGGAGAUUCAGGGCUCGAAGAGCACCACCAAGGGACGAUGUGUUGGGACCUUGAUCCAGGAACGGUAUGUCCUAACCGCAGCACACUGUGUCCACAACUUGAAGUUGGAAAAUAUCAAACUGUAUUUUGGACUGUUCUUGAUCAGUACGCUGGAUCAGUGUCUAGCUGAUCGUGUGUGCCAGGAACGGCGGGUAGCAGAACUGAUCGUCCAUCAGGAUUACAACUCUCAUGCCCGAUUGAAUGAUAUCGCACUCAUCAGGGUAAGCGAAGCCGUACAAUUCACGAAGGACGUGAGACCCGCCUGUCUACCAUUUGACUAUCUGUUCGACGAGAGUUUGGCGAAUUCACGGGUGCUUUCGCUCGGUUGGGGUGAACACCAACAAGGUACAAUGAGCGAUUCAAAACGCAUCGUGCAGCUGGAAAUAAUCAAAGAGGACGAAUGUGGUGAGCAGCUUAAGAAGUGGCAACGAUUUAACAUCUCUAUGAUCUCAAGCGUCAUGUGUACGGUCGGUGUGCUGUCUGGGCAAGACGUUUGCGAAGGUGAUUCAGGAGCACCGAUAGUACAGAUUCGGGACGACCGCUACUUUGUGAUCGGUGUAGUCAGCUUCGGUCCCAAAUGUGGUAUGGGCACGGGUACGGCCGGUAUGUCGACGCGCGUGUCAGAAUACAAAAAUUGGAUUCUUACCAACAUGAAUCGUCACCUGAUUUAAGAAGGGCUGGAGUGUGCGUGGUGCGCAUGGUUUGACUUGACCAGUAUGAGUUUAUGCAGUAGACAGCGUGUGCCUGUAUGGGUGAAUUGUCUAUUUGUAAAUAAAAACAUUCCCGAUCCUGCAA